CUGCAGCGCAGAGCACCGCUCGACGGCAGCCAUAAAGACCACUCUCAGGGCAGCUCUCCCAGAGACAGCUCUCCCUACACGCCAGCGCGACCGUAGGACGCUCUCCCAGACAGCUAGCUCUCCCUACUACGCCGCCAACGCGACAGCUCUCAAACAGCCGUCUCUACGCCAACACAACAAAGCAACCAUGGCCGUCGCGACGACCAUGCUCUCGUACGGCGGCUUCCUCGGUGCCUGCGGCUGGUACGGCGCCCACACGAGCGGUGCCAUGCACUCGCUCUACGCCGGCGUCGGCAGCGGCGCGCUCAUGAUCUUGUGCGGCGCGAACUCGUUCGGCGAGCCGAAGAAGGGCGACAAGGACUACAAAAAGUGGAUGAUCGCGGUGCACCUCGGUUUGAUGUUCAACGCCCUCUUUACAGUGGUAUUUUGCGUGCAGUACCUGCGGUCGCGCGGCGACCCCGACAAAGCCUCGCGGGCCUUCCUCUUCAUGGUCAUGACCGCGGGCUCCGCACUAUCAAUGUGGACGCUCGUCAAGCUCAAGCCCAAGAAGAAGACUGACUAGGCACUAGUACAUUAAGAUU